AGAAGAUCUCUAACCAGGUGCUUGGUCUCUCCCCGGGGCCAUGAUGGAUUUUUUUGUUUCUGGACUACUUCCAGCAAUCAAACAUGAGCUUUCCAUCCUCCAUCCUCAAACCCUACUCCGUUUCUCAGGCCAUUGGUUUGGCCAAACAGAUUGAGGCCAAGCUCAAGGAUUCAAAAUCCUACACUCCCAAAGACAACAGGCCCACAACAUAUGCACCCCCUCCUCCUUCUACACUACCCGCCACUAGCCGAACAACCCCAACCACCUCUCCACGCCCCACUGUCUCUUCAUCCACCUUUCCCCCUCGCCAAACACAACCAUCUUCCUUACACAUCAAACGCCUCUCCUCCGCCCUGAUGCAAAAGCGCAGGGCUUUGGGCUUAUGCUAUAAUUGCAAUGAAAAGUUUGUGCUGGGCCACAAGUGCCAACCCAAGCUUUUCCUUCUCAUGCUCGCGGAUGACUUCCCCGACGCCGUCAAGCCCGUGGGCACAACCUUGCCUGCUAACGAACCCAUGGAAACCCCAACUUCAACCCAGCAAGAGACCCUUACAUUUCUGGGCUCGGUGUUGGGUCAUCCGGUGGUUAUCUUGAUCGAUACGGGGAGUUCACAUAACGUUAUGCCUCCAUGUUUAGCCUCUUUUCUCCAUCUCCCUGUGGUAUCUAUUUCCAGUUUUCUGGUGAUGAUAGGCAAUGGGCAACAUAUCACCUGCAACGGGGUUUUCCCCAAUACUGAGGUUUACAUGGAAGGGCACCGGUUCAACAUUCCCUUCUAUCUACUAGAAAUUUAGGGCGCAUACAUUGUAUUGGGAGUGGAAUGGUUAUGCACCUUGGGAAAGAUUGUUUCUGACUUCAGUAUUCCCUCAAUGUCCUUCCAAGUUGGUGAGUCCACAUGCACUCUUACUGGUCAGCCAUUACUUCCCCCUUCAGUAGUCUCCUACCACCAAUUCUUUCACCUUAUGCACACUGAUGCCAUUGCAGAGUUUCACGCUCUCACUUUCCUCCAAUCUCCUAGUCCCGAACCCACACCCAUAUGUUUAACCCUUGACACAACCCAUGGGCGUACCAUACUCUUUGGUCUCUAUUGCAAUCCAAAGACAUUCAUUCAGGCUUGUUUGGAGUGCCAAUACAACAAGUAUGUACCAGCCAAGAAAAACGGUUUACUUCAACCAUUGCAAACUCCCUCCAAGGUCUGGGAAGAUCUUUCCAUGGAUUUCAUUAUGGGACUUCCACCUUCUCAAGGCCACACAGUGAUUUGGGUAAUUGUGGAUCGCCUCACCAAGUUUGUAAUUAAGGUUCUGCAUUCUCAAGGCCACUUCCUUCGGCAUGACGCCAUUCCAGGCCUUGUAUGGCCAAGCUUUGUUGCCGAUAUGGCUGCAAGUGAAGGAGAACCGAGCUUCCCACGGCGAAGUGCAGAGAUGAAGGUUGUUCUUGUGCUAAUUGACUGUUAUCAUGCGCAUUGUGUCGGUGGUUGAUGUUUGCGGAAAUGGGCUUGGUUUGUGUUCUUUUGCUAUUAGCUAGUGUAAGCUCUUUUGCGCAGCCUGAGCUUGAUUUACAAGAAGAUGCACUAUUUGCUUUGAAGUCAUCACUGAAUGCUUCUUCCAACCAGCUUACUAACUGGAACAAAUAUCAAGUUAACCCUUGCACUUGGUCCAAUGUUUACUGUGACCAGAAUAGCAAUGUUGUUCAAGUUUCACUAGCAUUUAUGGGAUUCACAGGAUCUUUGACACCAAGAAUAGGAGCUCUAAAAAGUCUUACCACUCUUUCUUUGCAAGGGAACAACAUAACCGGUAGCAUACCAAAUGAAUUUGGAAAUCUUACAAGCUUGGUCAGAUUGGAUCUGGAAAACAACAAAUUAACUGGUGAAAUACCAUCUUCCCUUGGUAAUCUUAAAAAGCUUCAGUUCUUGACAUUGAGCCAAAACAAUCUCAGUGGGGCUAUUCCAGAAUCAUUUGCCAGUCUCCCAAGCCUGAUCAAUGUUCUGCUAGAUUCUAAUGAUCUUAGUGGCCAGAUCCCAGAGAAGUUAUUCGACGUUCCUAAGUUCAAUUUCACUGGAAAUAAGUUGGACUGUGGCGUGAAUUAUCAUCAUCUUUGCACAUCUGAUGAUGAAGAUCAAGGUUCAUCUCACAAAUCAAAAGUAGGCCUCAUAGUUGGAAUAGUUGUAGGUUUAGUUUUUAUCCUUUUUCUUGGUGGCCUGCUCUUUUUCUGGUGCAAGGGGUACAAGGGUGAAGUUUUUGUAGACGUACCAGGAGAAGUUGAUCGGCGGAUUACUUUUGGUCAAAUAAAAAGAUUUUCCUGGAGAGAACUACAGAUAGCUACGGACAACUUCAGUGAGAAAAAUGUUCUGGGGCAGGGAGGCUUUGGAAAGGUUUAUAAAGGUGUUCUAGCUGAUGGCACAAAAGUUGCUGUCAAAAGGUUAACUGACUAUCAAAGUCCUGGGGGUGAUGCAGCUUUCCAGCGUGAAGUUGAGAUGAUAAGUGUAGCUGUCCAUAGGAACCUGUUACGGCUCAUUGGUUAUUGUACUACUCCAACUGAACGCCUCUUAGUUUAUCCCUUCAUGCAGAACUUGAGUGUUGCCUAUCGUAUACGAGAACUCAAACCGGGGGAACCUGUUUUGGAUUGGGCUACAAGAAAACGAGUGGCUCUGGGAACAGCCCGUGGCCUAGAAUAUCUUCAUGAACAAUGCGAUCCAAAGAUUAUUCAUAGAGAUGUGAAGGCAGCUAAUAUACUGCUCGAUGGAGAUUUUGAAGCAGUUGUGGGUGACUUCGGUUUGGCAAAAUUAGUUGACGUUCGAAAGACUAAUGUGACAACCCAAAUUCGUGGGACAAUGGGCCAUAUAGCUCCAGAAUACUUGUCCACUGGAAAAUCUUCAGAAAAAACAGAUGUUUUUGGUUAUGGAAUUAUGCUUUUGGAGCUUGUUACAGGUCAACGUGCAAUCGACUUUUAUCGUUUGGAAGAGGAAGAUGAUGUGUUAUUGCUUGACCAUGUUAAGAAACUCCAACGGGAGAAAAGACUGGAUGCUAUUGUUGACUGCAACCUUAAUAAAAACUACAACAUAGAAGAGGUUGAAAUGAUUGUACAAGUUGCAUUACUUUGCACACAAGCAUCGGCGGAGGGUCGUCCAGCAAUGUCAGAUGUAGUAAGAAUGUUAGAGGGAGAAGGUCUGGCUGAAAGGUGGGAGGAGUGGCAGCACGUGGAGGUCACUCGGAGGCAAGACCAUGAGAGACUACAAAGAAGAUUUCAUUGGGGAGAAGAUUCAGUUUAUAACCAAGAUGCUAUUGAGUUAUCGGGUGGAAGAUGAUCUAGCUAUGUUUGGAUACCUGUUGGCACUCGUGUUGGCACUUACGUUGAGACAAAAAGUGAACGAAGCCAUUCCUAUUGUCAAGAUGAAAAUUUGUUUAUGUUACACUCAACUAGUAUCCAAAUAUAUAAAUUAUUAUCUUUUAUGUAGCACAAUAUCCAUUUUUAACUGUUUGAUUUGAUUAAAAAUAUGUAGGUGUCAUUGGAUUCCAAGUGUAAAAAGUGCUAGCUAGUAAUCUUCAUAUUAUGAUGAUUAUGCUUGUUA